AUGCCCAAAGGAUCCCUGGAGCAGCUGCUAACGGAGCUGGAGGACUUCCUCCGGAUUCUGGACCAGGAGAGCCUGAGCAGUGCGGCGCUGGUGAAGAAGAGCUGCCUGGCCGACCUCCUCCGCCUCUACACCAAGAGCAGCAGUUCCGAUGAGGAGUACAUUUAUAUGAACAAAGUGACGGUCAACAGGCAACCGAAUGCUGAGACCCAGGACAAAGGACCCAGCGAGCAGAGCCCACUGGCCAAUGGGGAUUCCAGCCAGCCCUCUGCAGCCCCUAAGAAGAGCCUACCUGACCUCCCACCUCCCAAGAUCGUUCCAGACCAGAAACAGCUCCCUGUCCCAAAGAUCGAGUCUCCAGAGAGCUACUACGAGGAGGCGGAGCCCUACGACACGUCCAUCAACGGUCAUUCUGGCAGAACGCCCCCUGCUGGCAUCCCCAGAUGGGUGCAGGUGCCGGAAGGAGUCAUUUACGCCACCAUCACCCUGGAGGACGGCGAGGCUGUGAGCAGCUCCUACGAGUCCUACGAUGAAGAGGACAGCAGCAGGGGCAAGUCGGCCCCCCACCAGUGGCCCUCGCCCGAGGCCAGCAUCGAGCUCAUGCGAGACGCCCGCAUCUGUGCCUUCCUGUGGCGUAAGAAGUGGCUGGGCCAGUGGGCCAAGCAGCUGUGUGUCAUCAAGGACACCAGACUCCUGUGCUACAAAUCCUCCAAGGACCACAACCCACAGCUGGACGUGAACUUGCUGGGCAGCAGCGUCAUCCACAAGGAGAAGCAAGUGCGGAAGAAGGAGCACAAGUUGAAGAUCACGCCCAUGAACGCCGACGUCAUUGUGCUGGGCCUGCAGAGCAAAGACCAGGCGGAGCAGUGGCUCCGGGUCAUCCAGGAGGUGAGCGGCCUGCCUGCCGAGGGAGCAUCUGAGGGGAACCACUGCGUCCCAGACGCUCAGCGCCCAAACUGUCAGAAAAUGGAUAUUGCUGAGAAGUACCUGUCGGCCUCCGAGUUCAUCGGCUCCACAGACAGCCACCUUGAGGUCCCGGAGAUCAAAGACGUCAAGAAGAAAAGCUCUGCCGGCCUCAAACUGAGCCACCUGAUGAACCUGGGCAGGAAGAAGUCCACCUCGCUGGAGCCCGCUGAGCGGUCCCUGGAGGCCUGCAGUUACCUGAACGUCCUGGUCAACAGCCAGCGGAGGCCACGCUGGUGCUGCGUCAAGGACAGCCACCUGCACUUCUACCAGGACCGGAACCGGAGCAAGGCCGCGCAGCAGCCCCUCUGCCUGCUGGGCUGUGAGGUGGUCCCAGACCCCAGCCCUGAGCACCUCUACUCCUUCCGAAUUCUCCACAACGGGGAGGAGCUGGUCAAACUGGAGGCCAAGUCUUCCGAGGAGAUGGGCCACUGGUUGGGCCUCUUGCUCUCCGAGUCGGGCUCCAAGACCGACCCCGAAGAAUUCACCUAUGACUACGUGGAUGCCGACAGGGUUUCCUGUAUCGUGAAUGCAGCCAAAACCUCUCUGCUACUGAUGCAGAGGAAGUUCUCAGAGCCCAACGCGUACAUUGAUGGCCUGCCCCGCCAGGGCUGUCAGGAGGAGAUCUACGAUGAUGUGGAGAUGUCGGAACUGAAGGCAGCGGUGGACGUCACCGAGGAAGACACCCCGGGGAUGGACGCUCCGAGCUCCAGUGAGUCUGACCGAGUGUAUCUGGACCUCACGCCCGUCAAGUCAUUCCUCCACGGCUCCAGCAGCGCCCAGGCCCGGGCCGCCUCCCCGACCUUGCCCCGCCUGGACGAGCCGGCCGAGGCCUUCCCUGCGGACCCGGAGCCCCCUCUAGACGAGCCCACUGUAAAGGCUGCAGAGACCCCUGAAGAGCAGCAGGAGAGCCAGGAGCUGGAGGAGCCCAGUGUGAGAAUCGCCACCGUCAAAAUCCAGACAGAACAGCAGAAAAUCACGUUCCCCGACACGGUGACUCUGUCCCCUGCCGGGGCCAGCUCACCCGGGAAGGACAGGCAGCGGGUCACCAGUGCAGAGAUCAGACUGGGCAAGAACAGGACAGAGGCUGAGGUGAAGCGGUACACAGAGGAGAAAGAGAAGCUGGAGAGGCAGAAGGAGGAAAUCCGGGGCCACCUGGCCCAGCUUCGGAGAGAGAAACGGGAGCUGAAAGAGAGCCUGUCCAAGUGUACAGACAAAGGCGCCCUGGCCAGCUUGGAGCAGAAGCUGAAGGAGAUCGACGAGGAGUGCAGGGUUGAGGAGAGCAGGCGUGUGGACCUGGAGCUCAACAUCAUGGAGGUGAAAGACAACCUCAAGAAGGCCGAGGCCGGGCCCGUGAUCCUGGGGACCACAGUGGAUACCACUCACUUGGAGAGCCCCAAAGCUGCCACCCCCACCCCCGUCCCAGACUGCACCCCAGUCAACUCGGCAACGGCGCUCAAAAACAGGCCCCUCUCAGUCAUGGUCACAGGCAAAGGAACAGUCCUGCAGAAAGCCAAGGAAUGGGAGAAGAAAGGAGCCAGUUAG